AUGGAGUCCAUCGGCAUCACCUCGGUUGGCCAAUGGUGUAAUACCUGCGGCUCCUCCCAGGACUUCUGUGUCGCGGCCAACGAGACAUAUUCAGGUUUAAGGGGCGCUUCCACCUCGGGCAGCUCAUCGUCGGGUCUCUCCAACGCCGCUGCCGGCGCUAUUGGUGCCGCUGUCACGCUAGGCGUCAUUACGAUUGUCGGAGCUACCAUCUACAUGCUCCAUCGCUCGCGCCGAAAGACCCAGACUUCGGCGGGGCGGUCGACCUCAUCUGAGAAACGCUCCGACAGCGAUUCCGUGUAG